AUGCCCUCACUCCGACCAGCAGCCGUCCCAGCAGUGCGCCCCUUUCUGCUGUCGAGCUUGUCGCGCCCGCUGCAAGUAUCCGCGACAAGUAGCCGCAUCCGCUUCUUGUCCACAACCGCGACGCGGUGCAACACCGCGUCUCCGACCUCACACCCGCACAUCUUCCGCGAUGUCAAGCCUCUACGCGACUUCCGCUGGGACUUGCGCCUCAACAAGCGCACCGUCGGUCUAGUACCCACCAUGGGCGCCCUGCACGAGGGCCAUGUCUCGCUCAUGCGCCAUGCCGCAGCAGAGAACACGGACGUCUUCGUCACAAUCUACGUCAACCCCACACAAUUCGGGCUGAACGAGGAUCUAGACUCAUACCCAAAGACAUGGGAGGCAGACAUGCAGGUGCUAGAGCAGCUGAACCAAGAGCUGGAAAGCGCAGGCCAGGGACGAGUAACGGCCGUCUUCGCGCCCAACACCAAGACCAUGUACCCCACUCUCCCGCCCGAUAGCAGUCUACCUGGCAAAGGAACCUUUGUCGAGAUGCGUCCUCUUGGCCAGGUCCUUGAAGGCGCUUCCAGGCCUGUCUUCUUCCGCGGCGUAGCAACUGUGUGCAUGAAGCUCUUCAACAUCUGCGCCCCAGACCGCGUCUACUUUGGGCAAAAAGACAUCCAGCAGACCCGCGUCAUCAAACGCCUACUCACUGACUUCCACAUGGACAUGGAACUGCGUAUUAUUCCCACGUCAAGGGAGCCAGACGGUCUCGCCCUUUCCUCUCGAAAUGUCUACCUGGGCACACGACGUCGCAGCGUUGGUAUCGUGCUCAGCCAAGCUCUCCGCAAAGCAGAGCGUCAGUACAUGAACGGCACAAGAAUGCGCAACGACGUGCUAUGGCCUGCAUUUGAUCACACAGACAUGACUCUUCUCGAGCAAGAGCAACUGGAACCCAGCAAGCGCGCCAGAUUCGAAGUCGACUACAUUAGCCUUGCUGACCCGGACACCAUGGAGGAAGUCGAUGUGAUUGACGAUACCAAGGGCGCCAUCUUAAGCGGCGCAGUCAAGAUGCUGCCUGUUGAAGACCCGCAGCAAGGCGAAGACUUGGGUCAGCUGGAUGCAGAGGGCCGUCAGGUUCCGAAAUCAUGAAGCCCCACAACACUCCAAGUUUACCUAAAACUUCAUGAUUGACCACACAUUUCCCCUGUUCAUUCGGCCGUCGUACAUAGAAAGUCUCUUCUUCC